GAUAUUGACCCAAAACCCCCCACCAUUCCGUCGUCAUCCCUGCGCCCUCCCUCGGUUGCCUUCCUUCCUUCUAGAAGCCACCCUCUCCGUAGAAGUCGCACUCUCUCGCUCGCUGCGGCCGCAUGGCGGGGGCGGCGCGGCAGCAGCUGAGGUUCUCGGACGGGAGCGUGCACAACAUCGAGGCGGGGAACGCGGCGGACGUGCUGCGCCGGUACCCCGUCGUCGGGGCCCAGUUCGCCCGCUCCAGGCGCAUCUUCGACCUGGUCGCGCAGUACGCCGAGGAGGACGCGGCCGGCGAUCUCUCCGUCGCCACCUGGAACCAGCGCCUCCGGGACCUCGUCACCGACAUCGACACCCUCCACGACAUCUUCCUGGCAUCGUCGACGCUGGGGGUGCGCGGGCUGAUGCUCCUGUGCGCGAAGAUGGCGGCGGACGUGGUGAGGGGCGGCACCGUCGAAGAGAUCAGGUCCCUGCUCGGCAUCAACGGCGACGACCUCGGGAUCUCGUCGGAGCAGGACCUCCUAGUCCUGGCACCACCACCUUGAGCGCGCGCCUCCUCCGCAUCCGCUAGUUCGCCGCUCAACCAAUCGAUCGAGCCCAUCGUCUAUCUUCGUUGUCAGUAAUGAUUCUCACGCUCGGUUAAUUGAGAGAUAAUCCUAGUACGUAGUAGUAGUUCCUAGCUUGGCGAGAUAGUAUAUCUGGAUCUGUUUUCGAGUACUAGGCAAUUUAGCUCUUGGUAGAAAUCUGAAGAUUUUGAGAUUCUGUGGUUUCUUGUGGUUAGCUCCCUGGGGUCAAGGCCCAAUUCAUACUGCUCUUAUUUUGAGCGUUUGCUGUAAAUCCUCCUCUUAAUUUUGCCGGACCGACGAGCCAUUUCUGUUCAUGGAUCGUAGUCGAAAACCUGAAGCUGUUGGCUUUUCUCA